GGAAGCAGUACCGGGGCCUGGGUAUUAGGUUCUCCCACAAUUCUCUGCGCCCUUCCUUUCCGACCUGGUCCCCGGCAGGAUGGCUCCCGCGAAGAAAGGUGGAGAGAAAAAAAAGGGACGUUCCGCCAUCAACGAGGUGGUGACCAGGGAGUAUACCAUCAACAUUCACAAGAGGAUUCAUGGAGUAGGCUUCAAAAAGCGAGCUCCCCGGGCUCUGAAGGAAAUUCGCAAAUUUGCCAUGAAAGAAAUGGGAACUCCAGAUGUACGCAUUGACACCAGACUCAACAAAGCUGUUUGGGCCAAAGGAAUAAGGAAUGUCCCAUACCGUAUCCGAGUGCGUUUGUCCAGGAAACGCAAUGAGGAUGAAGAUUCACCUAACAAGCUGUAUACCUUGGUUACUUAUGUACCUGUCACCACUUUCAAAAGCUUACAGACAGUCAAUGUGGAUGAAAACUAAAUUGAACUUCGUUUAAAUAAAGUUAUAAAAUGUCAACUAGUA